UGUAGGCAGCGGCGCAUCUGUAAUGACUACACCCGCAACUGCCCAAGAUACAGCUGUACUGUUUCUAAUAUUUGAUCCCAAGACAAGGGUAGGGAUUAAACGAGCUCUUCUCAGGUUGUCAGGUUGUUUUACUCCUCACAUUCCAGUUGGAUCUAAUUGUACGCGAUCUGCCUCUAAGGGAGGGAAGAGUGGCGCUUUUCUCUUCUUCAAAGUCAUAAUCUUGAUAACUCGACUAAAGAGUCCUGUUCCCGCUUCUCAGCUGUUUUUAUACCCAUGCUAUCUCAACCAGCUGCCGUUACAGGAGCCCUGAUGUCUUCAUUUGACUCCCUGCAGUUGUUGAUGGUGUGUAUUUCUCAGAUUUCCAGCGUGGGUCUCAGCAUCCCAUUUUCAGACAAGUGAGUUUGGGAGUCUUCUCAAACAGACCGUUUGCCUUAACUGUGGCUCGUCGCACGAUUGGCCUCAGCGGAGGGAAUUAGGUACGAAGCAUAACAAAAACUCGAGACUUUAAAAAAAAAAAAAAAAAAAAAAAACCUUUUUAAAAAAAAAAGGAAAAUCACAUUUUUUUUCCCCUUGUGGUGUCAAACCAGGAACAAUUAAAUGCAUUUCUUGGCGUUUUACUUGGAUUUUCAGAUUCAUGUUUAUAAUAAUAGGUCUGAAGAGACCAAAUAAAAGGUUCCUUUAUAGGAAUUAAGUCUAAGAUGAAGUUAUGGGAUGUAUUGGCCACGUGUUUGUUGCUGCUGACCGCUGUCGCUACAAGUCCGCUCUUCGGAAACUGGUAUUCUGGCAGGAAAAAGUCGACGUACCUGGAACAGCAGCAAGAGGUGCCUUCGUUGCUACUGGAAGAUUCUGAACCUCAAUCGGUUAGCGUGGAGUCCUCACUUGAAGAAUACACUAUGCCAGAGCUGUAUCCAGAGCAAUUUGAAGAUGUAGUGGAGUUCAUUCAAGCCACAAUAAAAAGAUUAAAGAGAUCCCCGGACUGGGCACUUCCAGCUCGGAACAAAGAGGACAAGAGACGGCAAAAAGCUCCAGCAAACACAGACACUGCCAUAAAAAAACCUGUCAGGAACAGGAACCGGGGCUGCGUUUUAAAGGAGAUCCAUUUAAACGUAACCGACCUGGAUUUAGGUUACCAGACCAAAGAGGAGCUUAUUUUCAGGUACUGUAGCGGGUCCUGCAACUCCCGGGAGACCACCUAUGACAUGAUACUGCAAAAUUUAACAAAAAACAAAAAGCUGGUCAAGGAGAAAGUGAAAAUGCAGGCCUGCUGUCGGCCCACAGCCUUUGACGAUGACGUAUCAUUUUUAGACGACAACCUGAUAGACUAUCGCACACUUAAAAAACAUUCCGCCAAGAAAUGUGGCUGCGUCUGAAUUGUUUUUCUUUGGAACAUGUUGCAUUCCUGCAGUAUUUGAGGAUGGGACCAAGGUAGUUAUCAGUCCCAGGGGGAGAACAUGACCAAGGAUCCAGAACAGAAGACAAGGGGGCUGCUGGUACUAGAAGUCUAAGCUGCCUAAGGGCCAGGAGGGAGAAGACAUGACUGCUCUGGUCCAUGUACAUGGAGAUACAGGAGCAACUGGUUUGAAAGCCACACUUUACAACAUAUUUUAUGUUCCUGUGGUCACUGCAGGUUUACAGUAUAUGGGUCCCAUUAUUGUUCAAUGAAACCUGAUUCUGUGCUCAUAAACAUAGCUGGAAAGUCAGCAGUGUAGAUGAUUCAGUUAUAUUCUUUGCAUUUCUUCAAAGUAGUAUCACUUAGCCUACUAACUUAAAUUGACCAGUUGUCUAGUUAAAUUAUCCUAGACCCCUAAGAAACAUAUAACCUUUAACUUCUUAUACAUUGUAUACACACCACACCCAUACAUGGUUAUGGGUGCAGUUUGUCUAUAAUAAAUGUAUGUUUUUAAAAAUAGUAUUACUUCUACAAUUAGACUAAUGCAAGUUGUUGACACUACUGCAUUUGCAUUGGGUAUAAUUUAAAUCAGCCAUUUUCUUGAAAAUAGGGGGCAAAAAUAUCCUAGAGCACUGAAAGGUUCACAAGUAGUAAAAUAUCAACAAGGGAAACUGUAGCGAUAAUGUAAACCACAGUAUAAAAGACAGUAUUGUAUGACAGGUCUCUCCUCUUUCCAGUUGUUGUUCACUUAGAUGUACAAGGCAUCCAGAGGUUUUUGAUAACAUUAGCUGGUUUUACAAUACUCUUGCAUAAAUGAGUUAUGUGAAGAAUUCAUUAUUUUCUUGAAAUAUAGGUCCAGAUGUUGAAUGCAUCAGUAAGAAAAGGUAGCACAAAAGGGAGUUGUGUUUAUGGGCAUUUCUUUGGAAAGGCUACAUGUCAAGGUUAGCUUAGAUCUGGCUAUGCUGCUCAGAACAGAUUUAUAAAGUUUACAAAAGACUCCUAAUUCUCUUUUAAUCAGAUCACUCAGUCAAAGGCUGGUCACUGAGGCCGAAGGGACUACCUAAUGCAAUGCAUCUAUUCAGAUUCCUAAAUAUAUAAAAGAUAUUUAUUGAAAUUUAAUUAACUUAUUAUUAUUUAUUACAGUCCAUUUUAUGAUGAAACUGUACUUUUUUCUUAUUUAUUUAAACUUCUCUUGAAUGGUGCCAAAGUGGAACAUGUGUUUUGUGAAAAUGUUUGCAUGAUGCUGGGAACAAGACUUCAAGUUUGUAAUAGUAUUUAAACUUGAGCUACGUGAAAGAAAAAUCACUAACUUUACCUUUUUGUCCGUCAAAAGAGGUUUCUUCAGUGUUACCAUUUUGAGGAUUCCUGCUACAUUUUUUGAUGAUUUUUAGAAUAUACUCCUGCCUUUGUUUUAACUGUUGUUUGUUGCUGUUUUUAUUUGGAGUUACUACACUUCACUAAAGACUGACAGUGGAUAAUGCAAUGGUGUUACCUAUUUCUUAUCUUAGGGUGUCAUAAAGCUUUCUUAAAAAUGUCUAUUUUAUUAAAAAAUCUAUUGUAAUUUUUCGUCAGUAUUGUAUUAUUUGGAAAAUGUGUUUUUAACCGCCAUCUAAAUUAGUUGCUGGAGCUAAAUUGUGAAAUAUAAUUCAAAGUUUACUCUAUGACAUUCGACCAAGGCAAUGGUCAAUGAUCCAGUUAAUAUUUUUCUGCAAUACUUGGAGGUAAUGGAUUUAAAGACUCUUAGUGAAAAAGGAAGUCAAGGAAGAUUCCAUUACAUGUAUAAACAUAAAAAAUACAUUCUAUAUUUAUUUAUUUAAUGGCCAGUGCCUGUGGAAAAUUUGAUACACUAUAUAAUGGCUUGUCCUGAAAAUCACACCAAGAUAUAUUAUCUGUUAUAAUUGGUAAAGCUUGAUAUAGAUGGCCCAUUUUAACAUGCAUUUUUUUAAAUACAUGCUUACAUUAGGUCUGGCAAAUAUAAAAACAUCUUGUCAAUUUCUGUUUGAAGGGAAGAGUUUGAAUGGUAGCCAUAAAUGGAAUCAUUUGUAUUCCAUUAAUCUUUAUUAAUAGGAUCAUCAGCAUAAAACACACACUGUACAAUAAUACUUGCAGGAUAAGUUUAAAAUAUUUCCCAAUAGACAGUCACAGAAUUGUAGAGACUGGUAAAGACAAGCACUUUGCUUGGUAUGUGUUUAGCAUGCUUCUUUUAACCUUGUAAAAUGUAUGAGCUUGUUAGCAUUGCCCCAGUUCAAAAGUAGCAUGCACUGUCCUAUCAUUAGGUAAAAUGGAGAUCCUUUGCAUUGUUUUAUUCAUUAAGGCAAGCCACCCAGUUGGCUGGUACAAAUGUAAUCUGUGCAUCCGUGCAUGUUCAAACUUUUAACAGUGAAAGGGUUAUUAAUAUAUAAGCUACAAAAAGGUAAAGUUAUGAUUUCUUUGCAAAACAAAGUGUGCAUUUCCCUAAAGGGUUGUAAAUCACAUACAACUAAUGUCUCACUCUUUUGUGUUACUGAACCAAAGUUCUCUAGAGACUGUAUUUUUGUACAAUAUUCAUUUUAUAACUUUUUACAAAAUUAAACUUGUUUCUAUCUCUUCCAACUGCUGUCUGAUCACAAUUUUUUGGUAAGGUGAAAAAGAUCCAUGUUAAUGUUACACAA